GUCAGCGAGGUAGCGUUUCAUUUAAACAAUGUGAAUUAUUAGUAUAUUUUGAAUGAUGUAGCCGUGAUUAGUGUUGUGCGCGGCGAGAGCGCCCAAAGCGCGAUGUCCGUGGAUGAGGCAAAUGCGAGUGGAGAUAUAAAAUCUUCCUUCGAAGAUAGCACGGACAGUGAAAAUGAAACAGAGACGAAACCCUUGUUACGUAGGAUAUCAACCAGCAAAUGUGUUGGUAGGCUGCCGGUGGUCAGAGAGGGUUACCUGAUGAAGCAAACCCGUAGUUUUCAGCGAUGGCAGCGACGAUACUUCAAGCUUCGCGGCCGCACUCUCUAUUACGCAAAAGAUAAAGAGAGCCAGCUUUGGGACGAGUACGAUCUAGAAGACGCAACGUACGCGGAAUGCAGCAUCAACAAUGCCAAGCAUAGUUUUCAAGUGAUAACUGCUAGCCGUUGUCUGGUACUUUGUGCUGAGAACCGAAGCGAAAUGGAGGCAUGGUCAGGUGCGUUGCGCGGCGCUCUACAUAGCGGCUCCAAUGUGGCUGAUCUGGUGGCGAGUUUAUCUCGAGGAGACCAUCACUGGUACGCAGCAACGCACGCGAGGCCGACAUUCUGUAAUGUAUGCCGCGAGUCGCUGGGCGCGCUUGGCACAGCGCACGCCCUUGCCUGCGAACUUUGCAAGUUCAAGGCGCACAAGCGAUGUGCUUCGCGAGCGCCGCCAUCUUGCAAAUGGACCACGCUGGCAUCGCUUGGACCGCAUCUUGUAGAGGACGCAGAAGGGAACAUUAUUAUGCCUCAUCAAUGGCUCGAAGGAAACUUGCCGGUUGCAGCCAAAUGCGAUGUUUGCGACAAAACAUGCGGUUCUGUGCUCAGGCUACAAGACUUCCGUUGCAUCUGGUGCCGUAAAUGCGUCCACGCGAACUGCAGGCCCAGCUGGCGUGCUUACUGCUCUUUAGGACCUGCUAAAGCAUCAGUGGUCCCACCCACUAGACUCCAUUCUGUGGGUCCUGAUGAUGGGUGGCUUCCGGAUAGGCCCCCUAAUGCCUCGCCUCUCAUCGUGUUUGUUAAUUCUAGAUCUGGUGACAAUCAAGGCGUGAAGUUCCUUCGUCGUUUCAAGCAGUUGUUGAACCCAGCGCAGGUGUUUGAAUUGAGUGGCGCUGGGCCGCGUCUCGGUCUCCGGCUUUUCAGACACUUCGCACCACUACGAGUGCUUGUCUGCAGUGGGGACGGAUCGGUUGGCUGGGUGCUGCAGGAAAUCGAUAAACUUGACAUACAUCGACAGGUUCAAACUGCUGUUUUACCUCUGGGCACGGGCAACGAUCUCGCCCGAGUACUGGGCUGGGGAUCCUCUUGUGAUGAUGCAGCCAACCUGCAACAGUUGCUGGAACGGUACGAGAGGGCUUCCACCAAGAUGCUAGACAGAUGGUCAAUAAUGUCGUUUGAACGUGCUCUCACUGCUCCUCCGCCGCCGCCAGUUCCACCCGACUUGCUUGAUGAGAGCGCACUACUGAAUAACCUGCAAGAGAUAGUUCAGGCGGGUGAGGCAGGUGAAAUAAAUAGCGAAGCCCGUGCAGCAUUACGCGAAGGGUGCGUGCGUUUAGCUAGCGUGGGCGAACGGGCCGGGGGCGGAGCGGCACGGGCGGCACAUCGCCUGCGACGCGCGCUGUCUUUGCUUCUACAUGCGCGGGCACACAUAGCGCACGAUCAUGCUAAAUGCGAGUCUUGGGAGGCAUUAGAAUCAACAAGUGAUAGUGAGCCCGAAACUCAACUCGUUGCCGAAAAGGGCAGUAUUGAAAAGACUGAAAAGGAGCAACUGAAUUGGGCGGCGCGAGGCUGCGCACUGGCAGGACGAGCGGAUAGCGUAAGGCGGGCUCUGCGAUCACUUGUGCGCACACUCACGUUGCUUUACCCACCGGAAGCAAACACGGGGGAACAUAACGCUAAAGAGGUAGAGCCAGCUAACACGGGUGAGAAUGAAAUGUCAGCACUACCGGUGCCCAAAGCUUUUGCUGAUAGCCGACGGUCAUCUGCUGCAAGCGCUAUCUCUGCCGCUUCUAUGCAACCUGAAAACAUUCCAGAUGUAGACGAAGACAUAGCUAAGUUAAUUAGUACUAACCCAACAGAGCAAGCUAACUUGGAGGUAGAGAAACGAGACAGGAGUAAAGCCAGUUCCGCUUCACCCCAAGACCGCCUUUCGCUUUCAAAUUUAUCCUCCUGUGAUACUAGCUCCUGCAGGAAUCUUCUUAGACCUGACGGGGAACAAGCGAGUGCCACUUACAAUAGCAGUAGUUUAACUAUACCUAACCUAGUCGUGUCAGAUGAUAGUGAUAAGAGAUCGUUAAUACAGGGAGAAACUUAUGAAUCGGACCAAUUGACUAUAAUAGACAUCGACAAACCGUAUACGGAUGAAGUACAUUUUCACGAUUUGUGCGAAAGAGCGGCGUCAGCUAGCGGCGACUGCACCCCAGAAAGAAAACUUUCUAGCGUAGACUUAGAGAUUGAUGCAACGAGCUCAGAAGGGUCCAACAUUAGCGAUGAUUUUAGCUUAAUCUCGGAAAUUAUUGAUACAAAACCUGAAGAACUAGAAGAAGGAGUUGGGAUGGGACACAUUGAUUCACCUGAAAUAUCAGAAACUACAUACAUGAACUCGGAAACUAUACAUGGAGAAUCUAUAAUGGACGAUAUUAGCUCGAUGCUGGGGCAAGACGUUCUUCUAGCCAUGAUGGGCAAAAACGGAGACAACGAAACUUACACAGACGACACGACAUUAUUUACGUCUGAUACAGUAUCAGACAUUCCCUUUGAUAGUCGUAAUCCCAGUAUAGAAAAAACACAUGAACCAAAAAACAGGUACAUAUCCAAAAUAAAGAAACCUAUAGAUGCUGACGUGGAAAAAUUUGGUUUUGAAAAUCGGGUAUUUUACCUUGAAAACACGACUAAAGCUGAAGAACAAGUCAAAUAUUGUAGCUUAGCACAUUUUGAAGAAGGUAGCGAUAUAGCAAGAAAAUCAUUUCGAAAACACAUGCGUAAAAGUGUAAAAAAACGUGUUGAUGACAGCGGUGUGAAACAUUUGCUUCCCAGAUCAACAACAGAGGAGGUGCUUAAAACCGAAGAGACAUCUCGUCAAGGUUCGCCAAAACCCCAAACGUUACUUGGCUUGGAAGAGAAAAGGUUAGUAGAACACGAGCAAACGCCAAUGUUUCCCCAAGUCAGUGUUGUAGUAGAACCUCCAUCGCCUUCGCAUAGUGAUGAUAAGAAAAGUAUAAAGAGCUCAAGUAGAAUGGCUUCAGUUUUGAGUGACAUAUUUGAUCACGGCACAGACACAUUGAGUGUGCACUCGCCAGAGCCAAGUAUGUCUACCGCAAGAGAACGUCGUCAAUCAGAUAAUCCACGACUUCUUGGCUCUGACUCGGAGUAUGGACAGUUUUUAAGUUGUUCACCGGCGGCUACGAGACGAAUUUCAUGCGGAAGUCUUUUCAAACCUGGUGAGACAGACAACAGACUAUCAACCUCAGUGUCGUCGAUUUGGGGGGAAGGCGGUUCAUUUGGAGGUUGUCAAACAAAGUCUGAAGCAAGUGACAAAGCUAAAAAACUACCAAUAAUCAACCCCUUAGUUCAACUGCCUGCUUGGCCCCACGUCGCCCAAGGGUUUAUAAGUCAAUGUCUCCUUGCAAAUGCUGAUGCUCUUUGUGCAGCUGUAAGCCCGUUAAUGGACCCUGACGAAACACUUCUAGAAGGCUUCUACGAAAAAGCUGUGAUGAAUAAUUACUUUGGAAUUGGGAUUGAUGCUAAAAUAACUCUUGAUUUUCAUAAUAAAAGAGAAGAACACCCGGAGAAGUGCAGGUCAAGAGCCAGAAAUUAUAUGUGGUAUGGUGUUCUGGGAUCUAAAGAAUGGGUCAACAGGACAUAUAGACAUUUAGGCCAACGAGUUCAACUUGAAUGCGACGGUCAGAGAAUUCCAUUACCAGAACUCCAGGGCAUCGUUGUCCUAAAUAUACCAUCGUUCAUGGGUGGAACCAACUUUUGGGGCGGUACACGGGGCGAUGACCUAUUUUUGGCACCUUCGUUUGAUGACAGAGUUCUGGAAGUAGUAGCAGUAUUCGGUUCAGCGCAAAUGGCAGCAUCUCGUCUUAUAAACCUGCAAAAGCAUCGGAUAGCCCAGUGCCGGGCAGUCCAAAUUAAUAUCUUGGGAGAUGAAUGCGUCCCCGUGCAGGUGGAUGGAGAGGCUUGGCUCCAGCCACCGGGAUGUGUAAGGAUCAUACACAAGAAUAGAGCUCAGAUGUUAUGCCGUUCUAGGGCCCUGGAGACUAGUUUAAGAGCAUGGGAUGAAAAGCAACAACAGAAGUCCCAGGUUGGUGGAUCAGCGCGUGCUUUGCCACCAGCGGAAGCCGCUCACCUGCUAAGCCUUCUAGAUGAUAUCAACACUAUCGUCAAGCAUGUGAAGCUAGCAUGUAUCAGCGAAAGUGGGUCUGGUAGGAUAUCAAGUGCUCUAUCAACAGCCAGACGUGUGGCAGCACAGGCUGACGCAUUACAGGAUGCAGAUGGCAGAUUACUCCCCGCUCCACAGCUAAGAAGAUUGCUUGCGGCACUGAUUGAAAGCUGCCAUGAACUGCUGGAUAGUGGGGCUGUAGGCAGUGCGGCUUGUGGGUUGCGCGCGCAACUUGCACGGUGCGUUAUCAAGGACGGAUUCGUCUAUAUCAACGCUGAAGAGGCCCCGAAGAAAAGCAGCCGCUGGCUGAGAAGUCGCCGAAGCGUGUCCGAAGGUGGCACAGCGCCAGCGCAGACUGCCCAAGUCAGGUCGUGGGGCAUCAAAGAAGUCCAAGCCUGGCUAGAGACCAUAGAGCUAGGCGAAUACUCUGAAGCUUUCGCGAAACAUGACAUCACUGGGCGGGAACUCUUGUCCCUGGCGCGCCGUGACCUACGCGAUCUGGGAGUGACGAAAGUGGGACACGUCAAGAGGAUCCUUCAAGCUGUCAAAGAACUACAGUGACGUCGACGUGGUCGUUCUGAAGAGAACGACCACAAAUAAAAUGUUACAAGUAGGUAUUCACUGAUAAUGACGGCCAGUAUAUAUUUGUAAGCUGCAAAACUGUAUAAGCGAAUAAUACGAAUGUAAGAAUGUGCACUUUACUGAAUUAUAACGUAUUCAUUAUGUCGUUAUAAUUCAGAAAAAAGUAAUUCUAUCGAAAAGGGCUUUAUGAGGGCUUGGUCCUGAGCCAGACUUGAAUAUCACUGAUUGGAAUAUGAUUGCAAACGGUAGAAGUUAAAGUGUCGUUAUAAAUAGUGAUUAUCAAUCUCCUUUUCCGCGAUCUAUUUAUAUCUUUUUGACACGUCAUUUUUAUUCUUCGAUCCUAAAACGUUGUGAAUUUACUCUUAAAUUAAUAAAAGCUCAAGGAAUUAUUUUUAGGUUAAGGUCUUACCUUGGUGUGGAUGCCAAUCGCGUUUCCCCCUUAGAUGUAUGUAUGACCAAAGUAUAGUAUAUGGCUUAGUGAUUGUUUCUACACUUCCAUUUUUAUGGCAAGUAUCUAUAAUGAAAGUAAUAUAUAAAUUUAAAAAAAAAACUUAUACCUCAUUUACAUUUAGCCCCUGCCUCUGCCCCUCGCGCUGCCAGCAAUAAUUCCUUAAAUACUGCUGCAGCAGGAUCGAGAGGAGUGUGUGUUUGCAUACUGCCCUACUACUUCGCUUUCUUUCGACUUCGCGUCGAAAUAAUUACGGCAGCCGCGCUGUCCCUUUUUGUGAUACAUAAUUAUGAUCGAUGUUUAAAAAUAUAUCGAAUACAAAAACAGAAUGUUUGUCGUAGAUGGUGGUGGAUGAUAUCUAUCCAUCCAUCUACUUUGUAAGAACCUAAUUAUCAACUAAUUUUCGAGGAUCUAAACGAACGUCUUUCUCCUCCAGCCAAUCGGCAAGUACGGAGCGUCGGAGCAGAAUGUAAACACGCACUGCCGCUCGCGCUGCCGGUUCUAUGACUUCCGCACAAUAAAACCGCCAUUUUUGCUCAGGCUGAGCUAAGCUCGCCAAACAGCCCGUGCUGAGCUGUAAAGGCCCUUAAGGCCAACAGCGAGAUUCCUUAACUAUAAAAAAAAGGCAUUUUUGGGGGGCGUCGGGCAGCGCGAGUGGCAAUUGCAGUGGCAUGAUAAGUAUCGCGUUUACACACUCGUCCUGCCCACUUCCCUGCUCUCUACGGCUGAAUGUAAAUGCGACAAUAGAUUUGGCCUAACCUAUUUUGACCGAGUCUCCAUAAGUCAGAAACCACUUACUGUUAUAAUCAAGCACACUUUCUAAUAUAAGUAUGCUGCAAAAUAUAAGUUUACCAAAACGUUAAAAAGUAACCUACAUAACAAAUUCUAUCGUCGUAGCAGGGCUAAUACCAAUCCUGGGUAGUUGUAUAGAACUGACCCUAGCUUCGAUUUUUAUAAUAAUGAAUAUAUAUUAUGAUAUUACAACGAAACCCAAUUACGAAAUAUUAAUUACAAUUUCUUGCACAUUGGAUAUGAAAACUCUAAGUAGAAAACUGAUGUCGCUUGUAUACAAAUAUGUUUCGAAAGGCGUGACCCACUAACGGCCGUCUAAUGUAGUUAUAUGUCGCAGUAAAGUAGUUAAAUCAGAGAGCUAUUGAAUCUCUAGACAGUCAAUUAAAGAUCGAUAUUCAAUCAAGCCGCUAAAGUUCUGUCAGACAAGUGAGUAAACGAAAUGUUUAACGAGUUACCUAAACAUUCUAGGCAACAAGACUAACCUAACCUAACCAUUUACAAUAAAACAAAACACGGAAUUUCGAAACUCUUAAUUCUUUACGAUAUCAUUGAAACAACAAUAACAAAUGAAAUUACCAUGGCGGAGUCGACAAAAAAGCCACUGUGCCAAAAGAAAGAAUCUAAAAGCAAUCAGCUGUUAUCGGGACCAACAUCUUGUUUUACAGUAUUAAUCAAAACGCUGGCUUUCGGUAAGACAGAUACAUAAGCGUUUUCGACGCUGCUUUAUUUAAAUCAAAAUGUUAGGGACUCGUUUGAAUAUCGAUCUGUAAUUAACUGUCUAGGAAUGCACGUAACUCUCUGAUUUAACUACUUCACUGUGAUAUACAUAUAUACGAGUUCGCAUGAGUUAUUGGCAUUUUCAUAAAAUUAUACACUUUGUCCUGAACCCGGAAACAGAGGAGAAAUAAACAACAACUCAUCGCAUCAUUUUGUUAAACUUAUAUUUUGAAGCCUAAAGAAUUUCUUAGCCAAUGUUAACGUCAUAGGAUACUUUAUACUACUUACAUAUAAUAAAAUUGCCAUAUUAACUAAUUAAACAUAAGUCUAUUAACCCUAAACCGAAUUGAUCUACAAACUAUUGUAAUAGCCUGUCAACCCCAAGCUGCAUCACAGUGUGUUGUUAAUAAACGUACUAUAACCCGCAAUUAGUUAAAGAAGUGUCUUUUAGUAUGAUUAUGAAUACCCUUACAGAUAAUAGCGACUAUAAACAUAAAUCUAUUUUUACCAAUAUUAAUUAUCUAUUCCCUCAUUUGUUACUAAUACUGUAUUGUAUAAUUCAAUGUGGCAUCUUAUAUGCUUUCACAUAUGCAUAUUAGCGCCAAAACUAUGCUUUUCUCUCGUUAUAUGGCCUUAUAUUCUUUAGUACACAUCGAAAGCUUACCUCUUUUUCGUAAAUCCAACGAAGUUAACAGGCUUCCGAAUUUUCAUCGCAAAUAAUUUCUUUGCCAACAUUCUUAUAGUUUGUAAGUUUAUUGGUAACCUUGUACAUUGUUAUACGAUUUGAAGUGUAAAAAUCUGUCAGAUAUUGAAUUUUUCUUAAUAAGAGGGAACAGACAGGCGAAUUUAUUAGUAAAAUCUUACCGAGUUUCAUAUAUGUAUUUGCUAAAUGUCUACACAUAUUUGUCAUAUAAAUACAUCUAUACAUUUCUUACCUUACAAAAAAGCUAAAUAAUUCUUUUAAAACCAUUUUUCUACUAAAACCGUUCUUAAUUAUUUGUCUACAUAGUGUUAGUUUGACCGCAUUGAUUUUGGUUUGAAUACAAUUCGAACAGUGACUUUUCGAGUUUGCCACAAAUUAUUUAGUACUAUAUCAUUGUGUUAACUAUUAUAUUCGAUAUCGAUUGCAGCGUUUCUACAAUUUGACAAAAAAUAACUAAACUCCCUUUUUUUUUAAAAAAUUUCGGUACAAUUUUAUCUUAAGUAUUUAUUGUCUCUUUUCAUCACAAGUUAAACACAAUUCGACAGAAAGAAACAAAAAAGUACUUUGGUUAGAAGAGUGCAUUUAGACUGAUUUAUUUUUUAUGAAUAAGACUAGAAUACUUUAGUUAAAACAGUGUAGUUUUUAUAAAUAAGGUUCGAAUCCAAUGCCACGCGAUAUGGCGAAAACUAACUUUCAUUUUGUAUUCUAAUGAAUGUUAAAUUAAUAUGUUUCAAAUUUUGAAGUUCCAUUGUUGUAUUCCCGCUUAUUACAUUAAACUAAAAAUAGAUAUUUAUAAAGUAUUUUAGGUAUUGUCAGGCAUAUUGGUGACAUUAUAAAAACCGGCUAUUAGUAUAGACAUUUAUGCAUCAUAGUUUAGUACAAGAUUCAUCGACUUUACGAAAACUAUCGCGUUUAUAGUCUGUAGAUCAUGUAAUUUUUAUCGCAUAUUCCUGUACAUGCAAGUAAUUUGCAAGAAUUGUGUUUUCAUAAUAUUAAAAUAUUUCAUGGUUUUUUAAACACGCGAGAGUUUUCAGUCGAAACUUGUUAUCCAAGAAAGCUAACUACGUAUUUUCUUCAAUUAUACAGAAUAACUAGGCUAUUUUGAAGCUCCAGUAGUUCCACAUUGAGUAGCUGUUUCGCUUUAACAUAGACAAAUGCAAUUCUAACACUUUGACACAGAUUAUUAUAUUAUAGUAUUCGUUUGACUUAUAAUGAACAAUUCAAUAGAAUAUAGUUAAAUUUACGUAUAAUUAGGGUUAGUAGGCGCCAUAGUAUAUUCAAUUUUAUUGGUCCGUAGAUAGUUUACUGUAGGUGUCUUAAUCUUGAUUCUAAAUGAUACAAGCAAUCUCAUUAUUUUUGUCCCUCAGGACAAACUAUUGUGAAAUAUCGUUUAACAUAAAAUGUGAUCUCUCGUUUUUAAUCUGUAGUUCUAACGUGGUCGCGGUGGACGUUUCUCUUUUUGCCUAAUGGCGAUUUUUUAGUUUUCUAGAUAGAUACAUUAAACCAGGAAAAUGUCCAUCGCGAUCGCACCCUAAAGGAAUCUGCCUUAUAGGUGUUUUUAUAAAUUUACCUUUGAGGAGUUAUUUCUACUAUAGAGAUGAAUGUGUGUGUGUCUCAGCUGUACUAAAAGUCGUACAUUAAAUGAUUAUGGUGAAUUUAAACUUCAAUCGUUUGUUUAAAGUAACCGUUAACUUUUAAUUAACGACUCUUAGUGCGACUAUAACUAUUUAUAUAAACAUUUCGCCGCCCAUCGCGGCAUUGCCUUAGAUAAUUUAAAACUAUCUAUUGACAUGCUAAAACAGACUUAAAGUCUUCGAAUAUUCGAUAAUAAUGUCCUAAUGUAUCUUCAAGUUUCGUUUUAGAUAAGUCUAUUUUUUUUUAAUUCUUGUACAUAAGUGACUGUUGUGAUAUGAAUGAACGUAAAUCAAUGUAUUCAUGUAUAUUUUUAACAUUUACAUCGCUCUUUAAGUUAAUUUUUAACUUUUGCUAUUGUGGAUAUAGUUUAAAAGCCAUUUUCUAUGGUUCCAUGAUAGAUUUCUCUCAAAAUAGUAUUUAGUAAGCAUAUCAAUAUAGGACAUAUUUAUUUUGACGUUGUUCCUAUUUAAAACAUGUCUCAUUAUUUUACAAUUUGUAGCAAUAAUUUAACCUGUUAUAAAUAAAUGGUAGUUGACCAGUAUAUUCAAUAUAUUGUUUUAUGGUAUACAUAAAGACAUAAUAUUAUCGUGCGAUACGUUUAAAUAUGUAUCUAUAUCCAUUUUUGUGAAUUGUAAGCACUCUAAAGUAAAUUAAUUUGUUUUGAAUGAAUAAUUUAACAAUCGAAACUUGUCAUAUGAUGUUCCUUUUUUAUGGUUAUCGAUGUUAAUUAUAGUUUCUGAAUUUAAUUAAAAGUUUUGUUCUUAAUUACUGAUCUGUUAUAUUUUCUAUUUAUUUCACAAUCCUAACAGUGGUUGCAAAACAAUUGUUUUAAUGAUUAAGAUUUUUAGUAUAAAAGCAAUAAAUUGUAAAUUUGUAGUUUCGUAUUUUCGAAUUCUUUUUGUAAACAUAAAUUUACCACUAGGUUUCGAAUUUGUGUGAACUUUUUUACGAUUGAUUUCGAACGACGAAGACUGAAACUGUAUAUUUAUUUCGGUGCUAAGCUGUUGUGCAUCUUUGAUUUGUUACAAAAAUAUGAUGAUUUAAUAUAUUAUUUUAACCCUUAUUUAUUUCAAGAAAACAAUUUUGCUCAAUGUUGCAUUAUAUUAUUUUAGUAUUUAAUACCUACUUGUUUAUCAGUAAUAAAAACGCUGUGAAUAUCUUCUAAAUUAAAAACUACCUUUUUGAUUAAUAACAAAUCCACAUUAUUACAAAUACAAUGACCUUUUGAAAAAAUAGCUCCUGGUCCGAUUUCUGACGAAAAUUUGACAUAUCUUUCAUAUUCACAGGGUUCUUGUUUACAUUUAAAAAAAUCAUUGUUUGAUUUGUAGCGGUUACGCCACUUGUUGAUUGUAUUAUAAUCGCUUUUAAACCCUUUAGGUACAUUAUUAGUAAUUACAACUCGAAUAUUUUCUUAAAAUUCGUAAUCUCAUUCAUUAAAUUUUAUAUCUUUCGUCAUCACAUUUUGAGGUAUGCUGUUUAAAACGCAAAUCUCAUUUGCAAUAUUUGUAACUGUCAAAACGCGCGUUCGGAACGAAAAUGUUCGAAAUGUUCUAUCAUUCAUUUAGAAUCGUCCAUAGACAAAUCAAAUAAAGAAAUAAACACGGAAAAUUUAUAUCUUUAUUAAAUAAUUUCUACACUUCACUAAAAUAAUAAACAGCAUGCCUUUUUUAAAUCGUUAUAAUUCUCUUUAUUGCGUGCGUGUGGACUCUGUUGAUAAUAAAUUUUUAAUCAGAUAAUCGUGUAUUUUCUCUAAUUUA